GUGUUAAGUUAGAGACAUUCAUAUGCAGAAUGUACCCAUCGAAGUUGCAACGACGCGUUACCGCUUUUGUGGUCAAGCCGAAGCUUCGGUAACCUCGUUCUUUGGGAAUGGGCAGACUGUUUAUCUUUGUGAUUCGUGCCUGUCUACCUUUAUCACAGCAGAUCACCUGCAGCAGCAUUUGCAGCGGUGUAGUAAUGCUUUUUGGAUACCUGGUGAUGAGGUGUAUCGUGAUGCACAGCGAAGGUUUUGUGUGUUUGAGCUAGAUGGUCGAAAGCCUCUGUGUGGUAUUAUGGCACGGCGUCUGUGCCUUCUUACCAAGCUAUUUCUGACCGACAAGGUCACCCUCGAUGACGUGCACUUUUUUUCGUUCAACACGCUCUUUGAAGUAGACGACGAGGGAUUUCAUUUAGCGGGCUACUUUAGUAAAGAAUGGAAGAGUAGUUCAAGUUGCAUUAACACGCUCUCAUGCGUCAUGGUGCUACCGCCGUUUCGUUCGAAAGGGUACGGUGGAUUCCUCGUACGCCUCUCCUAUGAGAUUGCGCGUUCUGAAAAUAUGGUUGGGACGCCGGAGCGACCUUUAAGUAAAAGCGGCAAUGCGCUUUUUCGAAAGGUGUGGCGCGAUGAGGUGCUCUUUGCAGUAUUUCUGCUCGAGGAACAAGGCACACCGGUGACGGUGUGUGAGCUAAGCAAACAAUCUGGUCUCAUCAUCGAAGACGUUUUAGUUGCUUUACACGAUUUGGAUGUGUUAUUCAGUAUCGGCAAGCAAGGGCCGUUACUAGUGGUUAACGCGGCGGAGAAGGAGCGAUGUGCGCAACGGCGAUUAGAUAAAGAGAAGCUGCAUUGGACCGGUACCCCAAUUUAG